AUGUUAAUCAAAAGACGUGAACAAAAUUUAUCAGCUGAUUAUUUAUAUAAAAAAGAUACAAAAUUAAUUAAUUUUGAUGAUUUUAUUAAUAAAGAACUUGUUCUUUUUUCGAAAACAAGUACUCAACAUGCAAUUUCAAGUAUUAUGGAUGGUUUUAAACCUGGUCUAUGUAAAAUAAUGUUUAUUUGUUUUAGAAAAAAUUUAAUCCGUAAUGUAAAAGUUGAUGAAAAUCCUGCUUAUCAUCCUGGUGAACAAUCAUUGAUAAAUGCAAUCGUUGAUCCUGCACAAAAUUUUGUUAGUUUAAAUAAUAUUAAUUUUUUUGUACCAGCUGGUCAAUUUGGUACAUGUUUACAUGGUGGUAAUGGUGCUGCUUCAACACGUUAUAUUUUUACUCGACUUUGUCCACUUGCUUUAUCAUUAUUUAACAACGAUGAACUAUUAUUAACAUAUUUAAAUGAAGAUGGUAUGAGUAUUGAAUCUGAAUGA